AGAAGGGGACAAAGUUCAGCCUGAGACAACCAGAGAGCGAGAGAGAGACAGAGAGAGGGAGGAGGAGAAAGCAAAGGCAGAAAAUUCACCUCCGAAAGCAAAACAACGGCAGGUAGAAACAGAGACACGAGACUCGACCAGGGACUAGAAAAAGUGGACGAGAGAAGUGGACGAGUCCUCGCUGGAAGCUGUUAAAGGGAUAAAUAAAGUGUACAGAGGGACAGAGGAAUCAGAUCAGUGAUGGAAGGAGGAGAAGAUGGAAGGAUGGAAGGUCCAGUCCAAAGGCUCUCAGCUCUGCAGCAGCAGUUGCUCUACUCUCUGCUCAGUUCUGGUCUGACCCGAGACGUUCUCAUCCAGGCCGUCAGCGAGCUCGAGAGGGAGAGGAGCCGAGCUGGAACGGGAACCGUUGAAAAUGGGGCUGGAACGGAAUCGGAUCGCUUGGAAGCGGCCGAUCGGACGGAUGGAGAGAGUUCAGAGGAUGGAGAGAGUGACUCCCCUCCACCAAUAUUCAGAGAGAUAGAGCAACUCCCGCCGGAGGAGGCGGCGCGACAGAGAGCCGAGGUGGAACAACUGCUGCAAGUGGACCCGUGGCGUGUAGCGAAGGUGGUUAAGACCUACAUGCAGCAGCAUAAUCUUCCUCAGCGGGAGGUGGUGGAGUCGACCGGCCUCAAUCAGUCUCACCUGUCUCAGCACCUGAAUAAGGGCACGCCCAUGAAGAACCAAAAACGUGCCGCCCUCUACAGCUGGUAUAUCAAAAAACAGGACGAGAUCAGCCAGCAGUUCACCAAUGCCAGCCGUGGGUUGGUUCUCGGCGAGGAACCGGGUGAGGAGAUCAGAAAGGGGAGGAGAAAUCGGUUCAAAUGGGGUCCAGCGUCACAGCAGAUCCUGUUCCAGGCUUAUGAACGUCAGAAGAACCCAAGCAAGGAGGAGAGAGAGGGGCUGGUGGAGGAGUGUAACCGAGCUGAGUGUUUGCAGAGAGGAGUGUCUCCGUCUCAGCUGGCAGGUUUGGGUUCUAACCUGGUAACAGAGGUUCGUGUGUAUAACUGGUUCGCUAAUCGGCGUAAAGAAGAAGCUUUUCGACACAAACUGGCACUCGACCCACCCUUUAGCAGCCAGUCAGCCUCCAGCAUGGAGCAGAUCCUCCCACCUACGUCCACACAAGCUUUAAAGUUCACUUCGUCUUUAGUGUGCGAGGGUGUAGGGUUAGUUCGAGCUGGUGGAAAUGGAGACAGGGUCGACGGCGGUCACUUAGGACCGGUUCCGAUCCAACUGGAGCCGAGCCACACGCUGCUGGAAACACAUCAGCACAGGACGGUACCAGGAGGAGGUUCUCUUCCCCCAGUCAGCACCCUCACCUCUCUGCAUGGCGUAUCCUACCCACACUCUGGAUCACCUCAGGGUCUCAUCAUGGCCUCAUUACCCAGCGUCAUGAGUCUGGGAGACUCAUCUGUACUCAUAGGUCUUACAUCCGCUCAGCCACAGACGGUUCCCCUUAUCAACAACGUUGGGGGCGGAUUUACCACGCUCCAGCCAAUCACCUUCCAGCAACAGCUCCAUGCCCCCAAUCAGCAAACAAUCACACAGCAGCUGCCGGGUCACAUGGGUCCCAGUUCCUUCAUGGCAACGAUGGCACAGCUGCCCUGCCACAUGUACAGCAGAACAACAGACCUGACCUCGUACCCAUCCUCCAGUCUCCUGUCUCAGGCCAUGGUCAUCACCGACAGCAACAGCAUAGGAACGCUAGCUAAUCUCACCACGGUCCGACAUAUUCUGAGCUCAGAUCCUGAGGAACACACUGAUCCACCCAUCCAGGAGGAAUCGAUCCACCUACAGUCCUGCUCUCCAGCGCCAGGGUCCUCGGGUAGUUUGGACCUGUAUCCUCAAUCCCAGUCCAGCGAAUCUCACACCUCUCACCUGCUCGUCUCAUCACCAGGAGACAUCGGCCCCUACAUUCCUACACAGAUGGUUUCUACUGCUCAGUAACACUACUGGAUAUAAUGGGACAUACCAUUAGUGCCUCAGUAAUAGGGGGGAACUCCUAGUCACUGUUGCUAAAGCAUGUAUGGAGAAAACCACUGGUGGACUUUAACAUUAAUGAACGUUUAGCUUUGCUAUCUGCUGCCUGAUAAAAAACAGAAUUUACACUGGACAACAGUGGACAAACGCAUCGGAUGAUCACAGGAUGGUGCACGCUACACCAUCAGUAGACCAUGAAGGGUCACAUGUCACUACUUCGCUGUACAAAAUAAUACAAAGUUAAAAGUAUGACGUUUAUUACAGGGUGCAUGUAAUAGUUCAGUAUAAAAUAUUUAGAUAUUGGCUGUAUCAGGCUGCACAAGGAGCAGAGCAGGGCAAGGGCGCUGCUUCAGCUGGUAAGAUAGAAGGCUGUGUCUCAAACCACAUACCAUUUACCAUACAGUCUGGUCAUAUUUAGCCAGUAUUCAGCAGACAGGAAGAUUUUUAGGCUCUGUGUGCAGCCUGAUAGGUGCAUUGUUUAGUUUUUCUUGCUCGCUGAUUGGCUGGUUCUUAUGGUUGGGACCUCUGGCACCUCCCAAAAAAAUGAAAGUCUGAAAAUGAUGUACUGUUCACUAGAAAUUAAUAAAUGUAGAUCUGAUCAUUGAUACAACUCUAACACUGAGCAGUUCAGUCCUGAUGGCUGUUGUACAAAGAAGUCUAAUUAAUGUAAAAUAUAAAUAAUGAAACAAAAAAAUUAAAUCAUGUAUAAAAAUAA